AUGGCUUUGGUGAGAAGUCUCUUUGGUGCUAAGAAGAUUUUUUCCGGCUCUGUAAUAGGAACGAGCAAGGCACCAAAAGGGUUUCUUGCGGUGUACGUCGGUGAGAACCAGAAGAAGAAGCAGAGAUACUUUGUGCCAGUCUCAUACUUGAACCAGCCUUUGUUUCAAGAUCUCCUCACUACGGUCGAAGAAGAGUUCGGAUUUGAUCAUCCCAUGGGUGGCUUGACGAUUCGUUGUCCUGAAGAUACUUUUAUCAGCAUAACUACUCGGAUCCAAGGAUGA